CAAUAUCCAAAUCCUUGCCUUUUUAUUACUUCCUUAAGAAGAAGCUCCUCUUCUGUGCGCACCCACAGAUGUCCACGGGCUUGAGCGUAUCGAUGGCGUCUUCUACAAUCCCUUGUUGUUCACCCCCCGCUUCUUAUUCAUCGCCGUGGUUCCGACGAACCACGGUUAAGACCCACUGUUCACUGCUCGCUAGAAACAGUAUCAAAGCUCCGUUGCCUCCGCUAAACCCUAAAGAUCCAUUUCUUUCCAAACUCGCAUCACUGGCCGCUAAUUCACCGGAAAAUCUCCUUAAUCGACCGGUUAACUCCGACACGCCGCCGUACUUGGACCUUUUUGACUCUCCAACGCUCAUGGCUACUCCCGCUACCGUGGAAAGAUCUGUCUCUUACAAUGAACACAGGCCAAGAAGGCCACCUCCAGACCUUCCAUCAUUGCUUCUCCAUGGAAGAAUAGUGUACCUUGGCAUGCCAUUGGUGCCAGCUGUCACUGAGCUGAUCAUUGCAGAGUUAAUGUAUCUUCAAUGGAUGGAUCCCAAAGAGCCUAUAUAUCUUUAUAUAAAUUCUACAGGAACUACUCGUGAUGAUGGUGAAUCAGUUGGAAUGGAGACAGAAGGUUUUGCAAUUUAUGAUGCUAUGAUGCAAUUGAAAAAUGAGAUACAUACAGUUGGAGUAGGGGCUGCUAUUGGUCACGCAUGUCUAUUGCUUGCUGCAGGGAGUAAAGGGAAAAGAUUUAUGAUGCCACAUGCAAAAGCUAUGAUACAACAGCCUCGUAUUCCAUCAUCUGGAUUGAUGACAGGAAGUGAUGUUUUGAUACGUGCAAAGGAGGUCAUCAUUAACAAGGAUACACUUGUUGGUCUCUUGUCAAAGCACACCGAAAAUUCAGUGGAGACAGUAACACAAGUGAUGAGAAGGCCUUUUUAUAUGGAUUCCACCAAAGCUAAAGAGUUUGGUGUAAUUGAUAAGAUACUGUGGCGUGAUUAUUCUCUUAUACUCUACUCUACUCUAGGAUUGGAUUGGAUUGAACAGACAGACGACAGGGAUGGAAUGAAUAUUGAAGUUCCCUGUUGUAAGAAAUAUGAUUAACCUGUUGUUUUCGAAUCAACCCAACCCAACCCAAAGAUUACACUAAAUUGUGCCGGAUAGUGUUCUACAACAUAACUUAGAUAUAUGGCAUUAUUACCGAAUCCUCAGAGUAGGAGGCUUAUUUCAGUAUUUCACUGUUGAAAACUUGUAUACUGAAUCAUGCUUAUUUUUAAAAAAGAAAAAAAAACUCGUAGCCAUAUAUAUUGGAAUUGGAACUGUCAUAUUGGAUGGAAGAUCUCUCUAGACACCCGUGUGCUCACCUCACAAGGUUUCUGACCUUGACCUUGGCCUUGACCAGACCCACAACAGGAUGGAUACAAAUUAAAAAUGCAAUUUAGAUCGGUUUAUGUGAAAAUACAUUAAUUUCAGUUAUAUUUUAUUGUUAAAUACAUAAACAUUUUAUGGUUAUAUAUAAGGGUGAGAUCGAUACUGGAACAGUGGGACAGAACUGGUAUUGAACCAAAAGUUCCGAAACAAAAUGGCACAAAAGUAAUUCAGUUCGAGAAAAUAGAUUUAGUUUGAGCUUAGAAGUGAGAAAAAUACUAACCAAAAGUUCUGAAACCAAAAUAGCACACAAGUAUUGAUUUGGUAC